AUGGCGCUUGUCCUAAAGCAUUUGGCUCGCGUACUUCUGAACGUCGGACCGCGCUUAAUACAAGUAGCUCAGGAGUUGAGAAGUGAGAGUCAACAUAUAACAAUACCUCGGCCGCCGACAGCUCAGUAUCAACACCAAAAUACGACACGAUUUGUUCGAGGGCUUAAUUUGAUAAGUCACUACACCAGUUCAGUAAUAUCAAGUAUCGAAGCCGAUGCACAAUCCCAACAUGCAGCUACUCCGCAAGCUGGCUCAGGUUUGAAUGCCCCAACUAUUAUUAUUGAUGCUACUUUGCCCCUAUUCCUAGCGAUAGACAUACUGAUAGCAACAACAAGUAAUAAAGAUAAAACAAAGAAGAAACAAAACAGGAAUACAGAUUUCCGGCGAAAAUCGCGACAUGAAGAAGACUCUUCAUCCUCAGCCAUAUCGACUACUGCGUCUGGUAGAAACACUGGCUUGAAACGCAGCCAUCAGGGUACAAAUCCAUCGCGGUAUGGAAACAGUAGUGAUAGCGGUAGCACAAGUAGCAGAAACGCAUCUAAAAAAGCCAAGCAUGAAAGGAAGAAAUAUAUGAAAGGAAAAAGCACUCAACGCUCCAAAGACCACAGCAGCAAGGGUGAUAGUUAUGGCAGAGGCCUUUAA